AUGGCAAUGCGAGGACUUCCAAGGCCAUUACUUCUAUCAAAGAUCUCACGAACUAUAAGAAGUGUCUCAUCAUGUUCACUUGGAACUGAACUUAACCUUAAAAUUAAGAACUCAGGCAAGGUACCGGUUGCUUUAGACGACUCUCAAUACCCAGAAUGGCUGUGGACUGUUCUGGAUGAUGAGUAUCAAAAUUCCAGCCUAGCUAAUGAUGCUAUGAAACAGCGUAAGAAGGAUAUCAGAAUAAUGAACAUCAAAAAGAUUAAAAUGAAUAACUUUAUCACUAAGAUCAAAUAG